UGACGUCGUAAGUCUGGGCCGCGCUCCUGCAUCUGUUGUGAUUCGGCUGAAGAAAGGACGAAGUGUCCAAACACACAGAAAAACUCCAAGAUUCAAGUGACACGCUAUUAUAAAGAUGGCGUCUAUUAAAGAGGAGAGUGAAGACAAGAAGUUUGAAGAAGCAUUCAGAGUCAAACAUGAAGAUACUGAGGAACAAACAGACCCAACACCACUGAAAGAGGAGAGUCAAGAACUGAAUGAAAUGGAAGAGAAUGAUCAGCAUGAGAAACUUCAUGAUCUCAUCAAUGGAAAAAAAUCCACAAAGGCUGAAAAGUCUUCAUCACGAAAAAGAGCCCAGAAGACCAAAUCUAACACUUGCCAUCAGUGUGGAAAGAGUUUUCGUGAAAAAAGAAUCCUUGAAGACCACAUGAGAAUUCACACUGGAGAAAGGCCUUUCAGUUGUCCUCAGUGUGGAAAGAGUUUCAGUCAAACAGGGAACCUUGUAAGGCACAUGAGAAUCCACACUGGGGAUAAACCCUACAUUUGCCUACAGUGUGGAAAGAGUUUCAAAGAUGCAGGGAGCCUUAUAAGCCAUAUGAGAAUCCACACUGGAGAGAAGCCUUUCACUUGUCAACAGUGUGGAAAGAGUUUCACUCAAUCAGGGAACCUUAUGAGCCACAUGAGAGUCCACACUGGGGAUAAACCCUAUGCAUGCCAACAGUGUGGAAAGUGUUUCACUAAAAAGUCAAACAUUAAAAAACACAUGAGAAUUCACACUGGAGAAAACCUUCACACGUGUGAUCAGUGUAGGAAAAGUUUCACCCAUAAAGCAAGCUUCAAGAGACACAUGAGAGGUCACACUGGAGAAAAUCGUCAUACCUGCAAACUUUGUGGGAAGACCUUUACACGAAAAGCAUCUAUUAAGAUUCACAUGGUCAUACACACUGGAGAGAAACUGUUCACAUGUGAUCAUUGUGGAAAGCGCUUUGGACGUAGAGCAAACCUUAAUAAGCAUUUGAGGAUUCACGUCAAGAAAGAACUGUUAUAGAUGUUGUCAGUAUGAGUUUCACGGACAGGAAAAUUCUUAGGGAUCAUGGAAUCACUGGGAAGAAGUGUGCCAUCACUAGCUACGUUUACAUACACCAAACAGUCCAUUAGUAAUCUGAAAAGCCAUUAUGUAAACACCUCAAUCAGUCUGACUGAGAUUGAUCCAAAUGAAAUUUUGAAUUUUGAAAAAUUGUGAUUUGUUACAUGUUAUAUUUCCAAAGACACCGUAAAAUAGAGUGUUGGUGUUAUUUUAACAUAAGUUAAUAAAAUAGCACUGCUACUGUUAUCUACAACUUGGUGACAGUGUUAAAUCGUCGUGUUAGUGUUCUUUUCACAUUAACCCAAACAGGCAUUAAUCAGUGCCACAUCUCCAUGAAUUGCUCAUUGCAUCUGUUUAACUAAACUGCAAAUUUCUCUGAAUAAUAUUAUUCUGAAUGAAAUACAUGGAAAGUAGCCUUCUCAUAAUAUGAAGCUUUAUUUGUAAAAAUUAUGACACAUUUCUGUAGCUCUCAUUGGUUUUAAAUUGUAAUUUUGUCUGCAUCGCCCAUGAAAUUAGUCAUAGCCCACAGUUCAGCAGUGGACAUGCAUUUAUUGCAUGAAUAAAGCAAGAUGUGAAAUGUCUCAAAUACAUGUGCACAGUUAAGCUGAUGAUGCUUGCUUUAACUGUAUGCUUUGCACAAAAUUAACAACUGUACACUGAAUCAAAAUAACCAGAACAUGAUCAACAACAACACAUUAUAAAAGUUUGUGGGUGCCUCUGAAACAGAAGACUGCAUCCUCAAACAACAAGCUCAGUACCAGCUCAUUUCAUUCAGUUCCCAAUGCCUUAGAAUUGAUAAAUGGAUUAUUUUUGGAAUCUAUUCCCAGCCCUAUUUAUAACCCCGCCAUGAUUGAGCAAAAGAAGGUUGACAUUUGUUGGUUAACAUACAGGUGCAUCUUAAUAAAUUAGAAUGUUGUGGAAAAGUUCAUUCAUUUCAGUAA